CAUAGUCGCUGCGCAGAGGGAUCUCGCCCAGCGGCAGCAGCUUUCCUGUAUCGAUAGGCAACUUCUUUCUAUAAACCAUGGAGGUAUUAUACAGUAUACCGUUCACUGUGCUGGAAUGCCCAAAUAUAAAACUGAAGAAACCAUCAUGGCUGCAUAUGCCGUCGGCUAUGACUGUGUAUGCGGUCGUUAUCGUGUCCUACUUUCUCAUCACAGGAGGUAUCAUCUAUGAUGUUAUUGUGGAGCCUCCAAGUGUGGGCUCAAUGACUGAUGAGCAUGGACACCAGCGACCAGUGGCCUUUUUGGCAUACAGAGUAAACGGCCAGUACAUUAUGGAAGGACUGGCAUCCAGUUUCCUCUUCACGAUGGGAGGCCUGGGCUUUAUAAUCCUGGACCGCUCCAACGCACCCAACAUUCCCAAACUCAACCGCUUCCUGUUGCUCUUCAUCGGUUUUGUCAGCGUGCUCCUCAGCUUCUUUAUGGCCAGAGUGUUCAUGCGCAUGAAGCUGCCAGGAUACCUCAUGGGCUAAAGACAAAGAGAGCGCACUUGAAACGAUUUGGACGGACGCAGGACAUCAAAUGCAUCAGAACCCAACUAAAAUUGAGGAUGAACACAACCUUUUGAUAUUAUUAACAACCAUUAAGGACUACAAGCACUGAGCUUGCUCAAGAAAUUAGACCUGGCUGCACUGACAGUCUCGCACUGGCUCUGUCUCACUGGUGUUCAGCGACUUCCUCUUUUAUUUCCAAACAAACAGAUGCAGCAGAGGAUAAAAUACAUCACUGAGUAUUGUGCAUCCGUAGCAAAC